AUGGCUCAGCAUCAAACCACCCGAGAUUUGUUUGUGAGAAACGGACAAGAACACGUGUUUGCGUUUGAGAAGGAACUCUCCGAAGAACAAUUGGCACAACUGUAUCAACAAUUGGCAGAGUUGCCCAGCCCUGAGUUGUUGAACGGAAUGUUUCAAGAAUCGGUUGUGUUGUCUGGCUCUCCAAGUAGACCUUCUGAUGUGAUUGCACCUCCUCCGAAUCAGGUGAUAUCAUUCAAUAGAAGUAGCACGGAAGAGGAGGAAUUAAAACAAAUAGGUAUGGAUGCUAUUCAACGAGGAGAGUUGGGCGUGUUAUUGCUUUCGGGAGGCCAAGGCACUCGUCUCGGAAGUUUAUUACCCAAAGGCAUGUACGAUGUUGGGUUACAGAGUGGAAAGACAUUGUUCCAUAUCCAAGCAGAGAGGAUUUUGAGGUUACAACAACUGGCUGGCACUGUUCAUCCAAUUCCUUGGUACAUUAUGACUUCGAAUUUCACACAUGAAGAGACUGAACAAUAUUUUAGAGACAACUCAUAUUUUGGUCUUAAAAAGGAGCAAAUUCUAUUCUUCCAACAAGGAGACGUGCCAUGUUUUUCAAUGGACGGCAAACUCUUAUUGCAAUCAAAGCAUGAAAUCGCUACUGCACCCAAUGGAAAUGGUGGAGUUUACCAAGCUCUUGCUAAAUUUGGAAUUUUGGAUCACAUGAAACAAAGAGGAAUCAAAUUUAUUCAUUCGUACUGUGUAGAUAAUAUUUUAGUGAAGAUUGGAGAUCCAAUAUUUAUUGGACAUUGUAUUAAACACGGGUGUGACUUUGGUACAAAGGUGGUACCCAAGAGAGAUCCCCAUGAAAAAGUAGGAGUAUUUGCAUUGAAGAAUGGCAAAUAUCACGUUGUCGAAUAUAGUGAAAUCACUAAGGAAAUGGCUGAAAGAGUUGAUGAAACUACAGGGCAGCUUUGUUUCAAUGCAGGUAACAUUGUCAACUUUUUCUACACGCUAGAGUUUUUAGAAAGAUGUGCUGACAUACUUAACACACACAAGUUGUAUCAUAUUGCAAAGAAAGAUAUUGAAUCAAUAGAUAUCAAUACUGGCGAGAAAAAGAAACAACCAGGUGUGAAGCUCGAACUGUUCAACUUUGAUAUUGUGGAGUAUGCAAAAUCCGUGACUAUUUUUCAAGUUGACCGAGAGUCUGAAUUUUCUCCUCUCAAGAAUGCACCAAAUCAAAACAAUUCUGAUUCUCCUGAGACUUGUCGCAGAGAUUUAUCCAUCCUCCAUUCCAAGUAUCUAGAACGAGCUGGAGCCAAUGUUGUUGGAGAUUGUAGAACCCAACUUUGUGAAAUUUCUCCUCUCGUCACCUAUGCUGGCGAGAAUUUGGAAUCUUUCAAAGGAAAGACCAUUCCAUUACCCUGUCAUAUCACACACACUAGUAACUAA